UAAGUACCUAUCACGCAAUCAUCGCCUAUCGAAAUAGCUGAGAGAACGGCUCCUACAAAUUACCGAACGGUCAGCUAAACCGCAUUCGAAAUUCCACAGGACUAUGGUUCGUAAGACGGAAAUCAUCGAUAUCCGUGUGGGGUCUACCGAUUUCGACAUGGUAGCGGACAUCAAGAAGGGCCUCAAGCCACAAGAUGGCGGGGAGAAGAGGUUGCCAACCUUGCUGCUGUAUGACGAAGCUGGUCUGCGGCUGUUCGAAAAGAUCACGUAUCUUGAUGAAUACUACCUCACCAAUGCCGAGAUUGAAGUGCUCGAAUCGUAUGCUGAACAGAUUGCACGCCGAGUGCAACCAGAUUCGGUCCUGGUUGAGCUUGGUAGCGGGAACCUUCGAAAGGUCAACAUUCUUUUGCAAGCCAUCGAUCGCCUGGGGAAAGAUGUGGAAUACUACGCAGUUGAUCUAUCCUUACCAGAACUCGAGAGAACUUUCUCUGAGAUUCCUACAGAGGGCUACAAGCACGUGAAGUGCUUUGGCUUGCAUGGAACAUACGAUCAUGCGCUAGCAUGGCUGAAGUCAUCUAGCGUCAAGGAUAAGCCAAAGACCGUUCUUUGGCUCGGUUCCAGCUUGGGUAACUUAAAGCGACAUGAAGCAGCGCCGUUCCUUGCCGGAUUCGGCGAUGCUAUCAGGACUGGCGAUACGAUGCUUAUCGGCAUCGAUUCGUGCAAAGACCCCAGUCGUGUCUACCAUGCCUACAAUGACAGACAAAACGUGACACAUGAGUUCAUUCUCAACGGACUCAAGCACGCAAAUAAGCUCAUGGAGAGUGAAACGUUCAAGCUCGAUGAGUGGGAGGUCAUUGGAGAAUUCGAUAAGGAGGCUGGGCGCCAUCACGCAUUCGUUACACCACUGAAAGAUGUUGUCAUCGAAGGUGUUGUUGUCUCUAGAGGCGAGCGGAUUCGAGUUGAGGAGAGCUACAAAUACAGCCGCGAAGAGAUCCUGGAGCUUUGGGAGGGCGCAGGCCUUGCUGAAAACUCAGUUUGGUCGAAUGACAGAGGUGAUUAUGGACUACACUUUGUGUCCAAACCUGCUGUCUUCUUUCCCACAAAGCCGGACGUGUAUGCUGCACAGCCAGUACCAUCUCUCGCUGAGUGGCAUGAGCUAUGGAGAGCAUGGGAUGCCGUCACCCGCCAGAUGAUCCCUGAGGAUGAGCUACUCUCCAAGCCGAUCAAUCUACGCAAUGCUUAUAUCUUCUACUUGGGACAUAUCCCCACGUUCCUUGACAUCCAACUGGCUCGGGCAACUGCUGGUAAGGCCUCAGAUCCUGCAUACUUCUGGCAGAUCUUCGAGCGUGGCAUCGAUCCGGACGUUGACGACCCUGGGAAGUGCCACGCACAUUCCGAGAUCCCUGAUUCCUGGCCGCCUCUCGAUGAGAUCUUGACCCACCAGCAAACGAUACGGGCAAGGGCGGAAGCUCUCUACACAUCCGGUGCUGUGGACAACAACCCUCGCGUUGCACAUGUUAUGUGGCUCGGUUUCGAACAUGAGGCCAUGCAUCUUGAGACGCUUAUGUACAUGUUGAUUCAGAGUGACAGGGUUCUACCACCCCCCGGCACUGCCAUACCGGAUUUUGCCGCUCUCGCGAAGCGGUCUGCAGCGACCGCAGUGGAGAACGAAUGGUUCACUAUCCCUGAGACGGACAUCCACAUUGGUCUGGAUGAUUUAGACAGCGACAAGACCACCAAGCGUUACUUCGGCUGGGACAACGAGAGACCCGCUCGCACAACUCAUGUCAAAUCGUUCCGCGCGAGGGCGCGCCCAAUCACGAACAGCGAAUAUGCAGUCUACCUUAUGAAGACUGGAAAGACGGCCAUCCCUGCGUCCUGGUGUGAAGAACAGCACCUCAGUGAUGCGGCACGCGCUGCAAACAAGAAAGACAGUGACAUGUACGGCUUUCACAAUGCAAACGGCUUGUUGGACAUCACCGAUGGUAAAUUCGUGAAAACGGUUUACGGCACGGUACCGCUUAAGUAUGCACUUGACUGGCCCAUCGUUGCUUCUUACGAUGAGGUCGCCGGCUGUGCCCAGUGGAUGGGUGGACGCAUUCCUACUAUGGAAGAGGCGCGUAGUAUCUACCACUACGUCGACAGUUCGAAGAACAAGGAGCUUGAGGCUCUCGGUAACACAAUACCAGCGGUGAACGGACACCUCAUCAACAACGGCGUUGAUGAGUCGCCACCAUCCAAGCCUUUGGCUAAUGGCGACUCUGGCGCAGCCACUGAUCUCACUCCUAACCCAUGCGACCUCUUCAUUGAUCUUGAAGGAACCAACGUGGGUUUCAGACACUGGCAUCCUGUUUCUGUAACCGAAAAAGGCGGUAAGCUCUGCGGCCAAUCUGACUUGGGUGGUGUUUGGGAGUGGACCAGUACUGUGCUGGAGAAGCAUGACAGCUUUGAGCCUAUGGAGCUGUACCCAGCCUACACGGCCGACUUCUUCGACGGGAAACACAACAUCACGCUUGGUGGAUCCUGGGCAACGAUACCGCGCAUUGCGGGCCGUAAGACCUUCGUGAAUUGGUACCAGCGCAACUACCCUUAUGUCUGGGCUGGCGCUCGUGUAGUUACUGAUCUCUAGAGACAGAAUCAUGUCGCCAGUCUACGGCUUGCCGUUCUCUGGUUCCGGCCGCUGUUUGCUGAUGCCCAUGGCGGGGUGCUGAAACACUGCACU